ACGUGACCUAGCACACAAAUGGCUUCCUAAUAGCAGAGUUUCCCGAUGUUGCAGAAGUUCCAGCAUGGUGUAUAAAAGUGCAUACCAACGCUACUACCGGUCGCCGAAAUGGGACGACUUUUCCGUAGAAGAGUACAAAGCGAGAAUGAACUAUCGUCAACAAAGACGGAGUGUUGAACACAGACAUGAACCGUGGCUAUGGGAAAGCGACAUUGAAGACAACGACAUCGAAGAAAUAGAGUCGGCCAGAGAUGCGGAUAAAGUAGCCGAAUUACCGACAACUCCGCCCGAUGUAAACAAAACGAAACCUGUAGAAGCGUGGUUAGAGAGAAAGGAGCAAAGAGAAGAUUCUUUGAGUGAACACAAACGAGAGGAAGUAAAGAACAAGCACAAGUCCAUGAUAAAAGCUGACGCUACUUAUAAAGUCAAAAGCGAUCAAGCAAGACCGAAUCGUGAACGUAAACAACGCUCCCCAGAACGUGUAAAGAAGCGCGAAACCCGUCGUAGAACUCGCAAAGACUCUCCUUCUAGAGAUAUAGAGGAUAAACGGCGAAAUCCACCGUUUUUACCGUACGGUUGGGCGAACGACGGUCCCGUAGAAUACAAGAAAACACAUAAUGUGUUAGCUUCAGAACCGGAGGUGUUUCCUGCGGCUCUGCGUGCAGCCAAGCGCCGCCAGCAAGGCAUCAAACAGAAGACAAUGGCACAUGAGGAAGCCAUAAGAAAAAGAGAAAUUGUCCCCCCUGCUGUUGUUGAUGAGCCUUUUCCAUACUACCCUAAGGGGCUUUGGAUGACAGAGUACCAGAGGAACUUUUGUAGGCAAGAUGAUGUCAAAAAACAUUUUUUUAGGUGAAAUUAUAUAAAGCUUGUAGAAAGAACUGUAGCAUAAUUGUAAAAAUGUUAUUUAGAAAGUUUCACGGCUGGUUCAAAAUUGUUCUUAGUUAGAAUAGAAAUAUUUUAGCAUAUUUACAUUAUGUAGUGUUUAUUUCAAUAAAUAUGUUAUGGUAUAGUAAAA